AUUGUAACUGAAAUGGUGUAAGAAAAUUUGGAGGGUAAGAAAGAAGUGAAUGAGUGGGCAAUGGGCAAUGGGCAAUGGGCAAAGGGAAUAAGAUGGAGAGAUGCAACAGGGUGCUUGGCAUAGGCAUUGUAAUGGUGGUAGAAAUUAUCAUGGGAAUUCAACACGCUUCCAAGCUGGAGUUUAAAAAAGGUGAUAGCCAUGGCAUGGUUGCAGAGAUAAAAGUGCAGCUACAAAGGUUGGGGUACAAUGCAAUUGCAGGGGCGGAAGCGGAGAAGGAGAAUGGUAUGUUUGAUGAGAAACUGGAAGCUACGGUGAGGCUCUACCAGAGUAGCUUCAACUUGCUAGUCACAGGCUUUCUUGAUGCCCCAACAAUCCAGAGCCUGAGUCUCCCAAGGUGCGGUCGAGAAGAUGCACCCUUGAAUCUGCUUCACCCAAUAAAAUUAAAGUUGUGGAAUCUGAUUGCAGGGAAGAACAAGUGGAUCAGCAGCAGAAGCAACCUCACCUACACCAUCUCCUCCACAAUUUUUUCACCCAUUCUGUCUGACCACAACAUUUGGUCGACGUUUGUUUCGACAUUCAACAGUUUGGCGAUGGUGGUUCCUCUGAGUUUCAGGGAGGUGGAGAGCUUGGAGGAGGCCAUGAUCAAGAUCCCGUUCCACAGUGAUGGUGACGGUGAUGAUGAUGAGUGGGUAUUCGAUUUCAUCGAAGGAGAGCACGGUGAUGAGGACGCCAAGAUGAAGAUCGAUUUCCUCCACCGAUUCCUGACUGAAGAUGAUGAUGUUGCUGCCUUGUAUGGGAAUCCUCCACCUGGGCUUGGGCCUCCCCCUCCCCUGUUGCCCAAAUCUUGUUCCCAUUUUGCUUAGUAUAUUUCUCACUUAAUCAUUUGGGUAAACGUUUGAAUUGGGCAUUUUUUAUACUGUGUUGCAAGAUUCAUUUUCUUGCUUCUUUCUUUCAUCACAAUGUAAGAUUUAGUUUGAAUUGGGCCUUUUUGCUAGAUCCAUUUUCUUGCUUCUUUCUUUCACCUCUAUGGGAAUCCUCCCCUAUUCAGCUCUUAGGCCAAAUCUUGUUCCCAUUUCUCUGGAUUUCAUCUGGUUAUGAUAUUGCCUUUUUGCUACUGUGAUCACCACAUUCUAUGUUCUUGAUAUUACCAAUUCUUUACUGGGUUUUAAAUUCAAUGUACUCUAAUUAUUUGGAGAUUUUUCAUCUUUCAAAGAUCCAGUGCCAUGUGUUAUCUCA